AAUCCCUCUCAUUGGUUGGGAGAGAACGGAAAGGCAGUCAUAAUAGGCAAAGAAGAAGAGGACCUCAAGAAUGAAAAGUUUAAUUUAAAUAAAUUCAAUCUCUUGGCCUCCGAUAGGAUAGCUCUUAACAGAUCCCUUCCUGACGUCCGAAUGGAUGGCUGCAGACGUAAACAUCACCCAAAACUGCUUCCCUCGACAUCUAUAAUAAUUGUCUUUCAUAACGAGGCGUGGAGUACACUAUUGCGAACCGUUCAUAGUAUUAUCCGUACGUCUCCGGAACCACUCAUCCAAGAGAUUCUUUUAGUCGAUGACGCCAGCGAAAGAGGUAAACAAUUAGAGGAAUAUGUGGCAACACUACCGGUUAGUGUGAAAGUGUUGCGAACGGGCAAACGCUCGGGUCUAAUACGGGCCAGACUUAUAGGCGCUAAAGAGGCCAAAGGAGAUGUCCUCACCUUUUUAGACGCUCACUGCGAGUGCACUAAAGGAUGGCUCGAACCACUCCUCUCCAGAAUUGUUGAGGACAGAACUCGAGUCGUUUGUCCUAUAAUUGAUGUGAUAAGUGAUGAGAAUUUUGAGUACAUUCCGGCCUCAGACAUGACUUGGGGUGGAUUUAAUUGGAAACUCAACUUCCGGUGGUAUCGUGAGGUGUGGGACAGGUAUCGCGUCCCUCAACGAGAAUUGGACCGAAGAAAAAACGAUCGAACACUUCCAGUGAGGACACCGACAAUGGCCGGCGGUUUGUUCUCAAUCGAUAGGCAAUACUUUGAGUUAUUGGGAAAAUACGACGAAGGGAUGGAUAUCUGGGGCGGAGAGAACCUGGAGAUGAAAUUGAUACCUGUCCUCAACAAUUCUGGAGAGGAGUGGUUCGAGCCAUCCUUUAGUGCACUCGCAGUGAGCGUCUAA